AUGGCCUUUGCGGGAAUUGUCUUCACAGUCUACCCAGAUUAUCCACGCUCUCCCCGAUCCGCUCAGUGGCUUACACCGCGCGAACAAGAAUUCAUCGAAAAACGACUUGCCGACAACACGCCUCGCACAGACGAUUCUUUAUUCUCGUGGCGUAAAGCCAUCGACACAAUUAGGGAUGUUCGGCUCUGGUCCUUUAUGCUCGCUCAAGACCCGAGGGGCGAUAUAUGCUGCCUGUGUGCUGGGGACCAUGUUGUCGGCGUGUCUGGCAAUUCCGUUUUGGGCAUGGAGGACUUCUUCGCUCAAGGGGACAACGGGGACGGCUUUCGCAAUGAGCUUGCAGUCUGGGGUUGGACAACUCGGUGGUGUUAUUGGGCCGCAGAUUUUUAG